AAUGUCAAUUAAGAAGCUGGCAAUACAAUACAUGUAGGACAAUUCAAUCAUCGACCCAUUUGAAUAGAUAAUGCAACCCAAUUAUUUCACCUUAUUACAAAGAAAAAAAUACACCCCAAAAUAUCUCAUCAAUAAGCAUAUUAUACUCAUGAUGACUUUUGUUAAUUAUAAAAACUAAUGAUGCUAAUAACCAAAAUCAAGAGUUGAUAAAGGAAGUCACGUUUGGAGAUUCUGUCUAUAGUGUUUCGCUGGAGGCGUUGAAACAGCCCUCUUUAACAGCUCACUUCGUUUCACAUUCCUAAAUUCCUCUCAAUCUUCUUCUUACUUAACUUAUUAUAUAAGUCUCUGUUUCUCUCUGACAAAAAUAUUCCACCACAAAAAAAAAUGGCUCAAUUCUUAGAGAAGGCAACUUCGGCUCUCAGCGAAGCCAAAGAAUCCGUUACAAGCACCGCUGAAUCCGUCACGGCUUCUCUCACUGAUGCUGAGAAAACCGUUAACCAAACCGCCAGGAGCACUCUAACUGACGCCGAGACAACCGUUGCAGCAUCUGUUGAAACGGUCAAGACCGAGGCUGCAGCCGCACCAGACAAAGCGUCUGGUGUGUCUACACAGGCUAAGGAUGCAGUGGACAAAGCUUUUUCUAGAGGUAUAGAAGGAGCCAAAUCUUUGCUUCAAACUUUCGAAGCGAAGAGCAGCGAUAUUUCCUCAAAGCUUGUUGGAGGUGUUACCAAUCUUGUGAGUGGAGCAUCGAGCAGCACCGUGGCAAACCGAGACCUUCCAGUAUCUACAGACAACCAGCCUCUGCUAGCGUCUGGUGAAAAGACGCCGUGGUGGAAGAAUUGUUGUGGAGUUCUUGAUCUUUUCAAGAAAGAUACUUAAGUUAAAAAGAUAAAAAAAAAUGACAAAUUAACGAAUUUCACGAGAUGAAGAAACAGAGCACUAGAAGAAGAAAGAACCCUCAUCCUUUUGAUUAUUUAUUUCCUUCCUUUUUGAUUUUGAUUUGAGAUUGUGUCUAUCUGUUUUUGUUUGUUUUUUGUUUUGUUGAUAUCUUGAUUGUUUCCCAAAAACUUGUGUAAGAACAAAAAAAAAGACCAAAUAAAAAGGGUUAUUUCUUUGUGAUUAGUGUUGGAUUCUCACCAUCCUCAUUGGUCAUCCCAUGAGAGUGUUUUUAAAUAUUAAAAUAAUAAAAGAAAAGAAAUGGGGGUGUCUUUAAAUAUGUG